UGCGCAGCUUCGGUGCGCGCGCCUUCGGUGGGACAGACUGACGUGGGGAGCCCUCGUGCGCCGGCCUGUACCAUGGAACCAACAGUGAAGAAGAUCUUUAAAGGAGUUUUAGCAGCUGAACUUGUAGGCAUUUUUGGAGCCUAUUUUUUGUUUAAUAAGAUGAACACAAACCAAGAUUUUAGGCAAACAAUGAGCAAGAAAUUUCCCUUUAUCCUGGAAGUUUAUUACAAAUCCGUUGAAAUGUCUGGAAUGUAUGGAAUUAGAGAACAAGAUCAAGAAAAGUGGAUGAAUAGCAAAAAUUAAGAAAUUCGCUGCUGAUCCUUUUACUGGAGAAGAAAUAUGUACCAAACAAGACUAAAUUCUCACAGCGGACAUGGGCAAGGUUUGAGAUAGUUAAGACAAAAUAUAAAUUUUAAUUCAGAGGUCUUAUUCUUUGGACUAUGGAAAUGUCAUGAAGAUAUGUCUACAGUGUUAUCAAUAUACUUUAUACUUGUGAACUCAUCUAUUCUUCUGGAUCUAUAAACUUUUCAAAGUUGACAAUAAGAAAAUGUUAUUUUGGGUAUUUAUUAACUUAAAUUCAUACAAGAUUCUAAAGGUAUAUUAAUUAAAAAUACUGUUAUAAUGAAUUUUCACCUUUCUUGAAAUAUUACUUUUUUAUCUUUGAUAUCAAUGUCUAUAGCACUACUAGAGAUUACUUUUAAAACAAUUAUUUUACAUUAAUGAGUAAUGCUAUUAUGAAUAAUCAUACCCACAGACAAGUAUAUGUGUGGCUAUUAGAGAGCUACUUUUGAUAGAAUAGCACUGGGAAGAUUUUAGUUUUUGGCUUCAUUUAUCCUGUAUGUAUGUAGCUGUGGUCUCAAUUAGAAAGCAUUUUUGUGCCACUUUUUAAUUCUUAAUGAUACUGGACACCUAUACACGGAUAUAAUGUACCUCUUUUCGCUCCCUCUCUUUUCCAAAUCAAUCCCAUCAGGUAUCCUAAAAUCUUAGGCUAAUUUCUCCUGAAAUAAUAUUUAUUAAAGACAUGGUUACCAAGGGAAUAGCACCUUGUCAAAAGUGCAGGAGGAUCUGAGAUAAAUAUUUUUUCCCCCUAAUAGAUGAUUUUUUUGGUUGGUUGUGGGGCUUGA